CAAACCGAAAUCAAUUCCACCGCCGCCCGAGUGUCAACGCGCGUGAAAAGAGUGCACUUUCGAGCAGCAAAAACAGUGAGAAACCACCGUAAAACCGGCUGGAAGCGACCAAAACCUCUCGCAGCUGCCGCCGAUCUCGAUUCUCCGCUGAAAACCGCUCGAAAACGGCUCCGGAUCGCGUCGGAUGGUGCCGUAGUUGCUGGUUUCGCGUUCGCAGGUCAAAAAUCGAUUUCCUUUUUCUUGGUGUUUUUUUUUCUUUUCGCAAAAGUGUGAGGUUAUGUUGGCGCGUUUUUGUCGUUCGCACUGAUGUGUCACUUUGACAGACGGCAGCGAUUUCAAAACAAAUCAAGUUGGUGAAAGUUUUGGAACUUGUUGUUUUGUUUGGUAAAUAAAGAAAAAAAAGUUUAAAUCGCGAUGUUUGGUGCAAAACCGGGCGGAUUCGGGACGACCGGUACGACCGGUGGGUUCGGAACGUUCGGGAGCAACCAGGCAACGGCCAGUCCGUUCGGGGCCGCGAACAGUACCUUUGGCAAACCGGCCACGACGGUGGGGGCGUUCGGGGCGACUCCGGCUUUCGGGACGCCGCAGGCCGCUCCAUCGCUGUUUGGCCAAACGGCACCCGCGGGGGGUUUGUUUGGGGCGAGCACUAGUGCGGCGCCGGCCUUCGGAGCGACCACGACGACGCAGGGCGGAUUUGGAGCUUUCGGGCAGCCCCAACAGCAGCAACCCCAGCAGACGUCCCUGUUUGGAACGCAGAAUAACACGGCACCGAAUACGUCACUGUUUGGGAAUAAUAACAACAAUUCGGCGUUUGGAGCGGCCAAGCCAGCCGGGUUUGGGGCGUUUGGCCAGCCGGCAGCGCAGACGUCGUUGUUUGGAGCGGCCAGCACGAGUCAAACCACGACGGGAGGAUUUUUCGGAGGACAAACCCAAGCUGGAGGGGGGUUGUUUGGGGCGGCCAAGCCGGCAUUCGGGGCGGCAACUCCCGUCGUCGGAGCCGGCAAUGGAACCGCCGUGGUCAAGUACCAGCCGACGCCCUCGACGGACACGUUGAUGAAGAACGGCCAAUCGAACCAGGUUCAGACGAAGCAGCAUUGCAUUACGUUCAUGAAGGAGUACGAAAACAAGUCGGUUGAGGAGCUAAGGAUUGAGGAUUAUCAAGCGAAUCGGAAGGGACCGCAAGCGGGAGCGACUCCGGGAGGAUUCUUUGGAGCUACUCCGGCGGCAACUCCGUUUGGAGCACCAGCGGCUCAGCCAACGCAAUCGCUGUUUGGAACGACCACAACUUCCCAGCCGAGCACGGGUCUGUUCGGAGGAACCACGACCAACACCUUCGGAACGACGGCGGCACCGGCAUUUGGAGCAGCGACAGGAAGCACCUUUGGAAAGACGUUCGGAACGACCGCGGCCAACACCAGCUUCGGAGGGCUUGGCCAAACCAAUACCAGCACGUUUGGGGGACUUGGCCAGGCCAAACCAGCCUUUGGACAGGCCACGACGGGUCUUUUUGGACAAACGCAGCCUCAACCGGCGGCCACCAACACCUUCGGCCAACCGCAGUCCACGUUUGGAGGGUUCGGCACGCAGAACCAAGCGCAACCCGCUGGGGGAUUGUUUUCCGGUGGAACCGCAACCGCCGCACCCGGACAAAGCGCGUUUGGAGGACUCGGCGCGCAAACAACUCAAACCAGCUUCGGAUUUGGAUCGAACACGGCGACCAACACCGCCACGGGAGGUGGCCUCUUCGGAGCCAAACCGGCCAACACGUUCGCUCCGCUGGGAAGCAGCUUCGGCCAAAACCCAACUUCAACCGCUCCCGCCUUUGGAAGCUUCGGAACGGCCACAAGCACCGCCGGAGGAUCGCUCUUCGGUGGAACCUUCAACAAACCGGCGGCGCCAACGUUUGGCCUCAACACGGCCACCUCAACGGGAAGCACCUUCGGCGGAGGACUCAACUUUGGCACAGGUUCCGGCUCGCUGUUCGGCAACACCGCCAACAAACCCGGCGGACUCGGAACGACCAGCCUGUUUGGAAACACUUCCACGCUAGGAGGCGGAACGAACACCUUCGGUGGCCUCGGAACAGGUUCCUUUGGCGGAAUCGGCAACAACACCGUCCUCGGAGGCGCCCAAGGUCAACCCGCCCAAGCUGCCGUCCCAAUCCACCAGCAGAUCCUAGCUAUGGUCACCUCCCCGUACGGCGACAACCCCAUCUUCAAGGACAUCAAACCCCUCUCGGGAGCUUCGGAAGAUUCGCUCAAACCGACCAACCCAUCCGCCCAAAAAGCCAUCCUCGAAGGCGCCAACCAGCAGUUCAAGGUUUCCCCCAAAGUAACCGGCUCCGGCGUCAAAAUCAAACCCGUCGGCGCCGCCACCCUCUCCAAGAAAUCCCUCUUCGAAGGCCUCGAAGAGUACGACAGCACCCUGGAAGAGUCCUUCUCCCUCAAACCGAACGCCAAGCGACUCAUCAUCAAGCCCAAAUCCGCCACCCCAACAAUCACCAUCCAAAACCGAUCCUCCCUAGCCGCCGCAACCGCCUCCCAACUCAACGACUCCACCAAGGAAACCUUCCAGAACCAGAUCCCAACGGACCGCGAGCCCGGCCUUAACCCCGACACCUCCCGUCGUGUCUCCUGGCUCCAAUCGAACGCCCUGGAAAAGGCACGCCAAGCCCAACUCCACUCCGAGUCCAUCCUGGACAGCACCCUCAAGGAGUUCGCCCCCUCAACCCAACCACCCUCCCGUCCCGAACCCACCAAAGAACCGUCCCUCGAUUCCUCCACCUCAUCCCCACCCAAUCAACCGUCCUCCUCUUCAACGAUGGCGACGACCGGGGCGGUGGCGGCCUCAACCAAAAAGGACUCGGUCAGUUCGACCUCGCCGAUCAACAUGAACGAUUCGCUGCUGUCCGGGUCGAACCGGUCCUUCCUGAACGAAACCGUCAACGCGACCGUGACGGAUGUUUCCGCGGUGUCGGUGUCGGCGGACGAUGCGGAACCGCACCCGACGGGGAUUGUGCUGCGGCGAGCGGGCUACUACACCAUCCCGUCGCUGGAUGAGAUCCUGCAGCUGAUGGACGAGGAGGGCCGCUGCGUGGUGGCGAACUUUACGAUCGGCCGCCGGGGCUACGGCAACGUGUACUUCAACGAGCCGAUCGACGUGGCGGGCCUCAAUCUGGACGAGAUCGUGCACUUCCGCCACAAGGAGGUCAUCAUCUACCCGGACGACGAGAACAAACCGCCGGUCGGGCAGGGCCUGAACCGGAAGGCGCAGAUUACGCUGGACCAGGUGUGGCCGCACGAUAAGGCGUUGCACGAGCCGAUCAAGGACGCCCAGCGGCUGGCGCUGAUGGACUACGAGGGCAAGCUGCGACGGGUGUGUGACAAGCACGAUACGAGGUUCUUGGAGUACCGGCCGGACACCGGGAGUUGGGUGUUCAAGGUGGAGCACUUUUCCAAGUACGGGUUGAGUGAUAGUGAUGACGAUGAGGAAGGGGGUGGGGCGCCGGUUGAUCCGAAGAAGAGCAAGAUGAGCGUUCCGGUUGCGAUGAGGAAGAAGGUUCAGAAGCCACUGGCCGCGGCGGAGAAAUCGCUGGACGAGUUCAACUACUCGGUGAUGACGAACGACGUCACGUCGACGACGAUGGCGAAUCCGACGAGUCCGACGGCGGCGUUGGCGCUGGGCUUGGGCCAGGACUCGCACAAGUUGCAGCUGAUGAAGGCGUCGUUCUUCGUGGAAGAUGACUUUGACCGGCGGUCGGUCAUUUCGGAGAUUACCGAUGGAGGACGGGACAGUCCGGACCAGAUGGUGCCGAACAAGCCGUACCUCGGGUUGGGUCGCACGUUGGCCAGUAGUUUGUACAUGAGGCCGUCGAUGACGGUGGAGUCUCCGAAGUCGGCGAAGGUCGUUGACACGACGGAGGGUUUGGACAGCUAUCCGGGGUUGUUUGCGACGUCGACGCAGCAGAUUCAGGCGAAGCGUCCGCCGAAGGAGACGGCGGUGGAGAUUCCGCGUCCGAUUGGACCACGAUCGGCGCCGUUGGUGGUGAAGCCGAAGGUGGAGUUGGUCCACUCGAAUGAUCUUUGCAUCCCGAUGGGACGGUCAAUUUUGGCGCGCUUUUUGGAGAAUAAAAGUGACUUGGCGUUCUUUCAUGGGCGCAAGUUCCGGGUUGGCUGGAGCUUCCCGGCGGCGUUGGUCCAGCUGAGCACGGCGGACAAUUGUGCGGAGUUGAAGAAGGGCGCGGUGGUGAACGUUGGAGAGUUGAGUGGGUUCUUCAGGGGGCGGUUGGGGAAGGAUUUUUCUCCGGCGGCGCUGCAGAUGUUGCAGAUUCGGUCGUGCGCGGUCAUUCCGGAGUUCCGGAAGAGUGUGGAGGACCAUUUGAGGAUUCAGCUGAAGUACGACGACGUUCGGCAGGUCGAAGGUAGCGAGUGUCCGUACUACGUGGCAUCCGGGCGGCAUCAAGCGCUGGAAGAUCAUCUGGAGAUGGCGCGUUUGAUUGCGGACGGCAGUUCUUCGUUUGAGGCGCUGUGCGUCGAGGUAUGGUCACUUUGUGCAGCGUUGUGGGGCGCCCGGGAAGAGUUGGAGGACGUCGAGGAGAGCGCGCACAUGGCGACCAUGUUCAGGCGAGAGUUGUUCUCCGAGUGGAUCGAGGAGGUCGUCACGGAGCAGUCCGCGAAGGAGAAGGUGACCAAGAAGCAGGAAUAUCUGGACCAGUUGUUGGAGCUGAUUGGCACGCACAAAGUUUUGGACGCAUGCGAGUUGGCUUUUGAGAGCAACGACACCAACCUGGCGAUGCUGCUGGCGCAGAUCUCCGGAGGUCCAACCGUUCGGCAGCUCAUCCAGCACCAGUUGAGCUCGUGGCAAACGGUAGAAGCCGACAAGUUCAUCGACCCGCGUAGACUCAAAGCGUUCAUGCUGAUCGCCGGGAUCCCACUGCUCUCAUCAACCCACGGAACCAUCAACAUCUUCGAGAACCUCAACUGGCUCAAGUCCCUCGCCCUUCACCUGUGGUACCUCUGCUCGCCAACCGCCUCCAUAACCGACGCCCUCGUCGCGUACGAAAAGUCCUUCGAAGCCAGCGAGUUCUUUGCCCUGCCCCCAACGCCCUCCUACACUUCCCGCGUCAAGCUGACCAGCCCCAAACCCAUCCAGGACAUCCGCUUCCACCUCCUCAAACUCUUCUCCGUACGAUCCCACCCGCUGGAAGCCCUCCUCAACCCGGCCACCCACACCUCCGACCCCUCGGACUUCCGCCUGUCCUGGUUCCUCCUCCAAACCCUGGAAACCCUCGGCUAUCGACACUGCUCGGAACUGUCCCGCAGCCAGCUUCAUCUCUCCUUCGCGAACCAACUGGAAAACCACGACCUCUGGCACUGGUCCAUCUACGUGCUGCUCCACCUCAACGACCGGUCUCGCCGCGAACUCGCCAUCCAGGACCUGCUCUACCGUCACAUCCAGCUCAACGAAUCCGACGACGACGCCGUGGAAUAUCUGGCCCGCGAGCAGUUUAUCGUGGCCGAGUUGGGCAUUCCCGAGUGCUGGAUCCACUGGGCGAAGGCGGUUCGCGCCGGCAGUCAGUUCGACUACCACCGGCAGGCCAAGUACCUGCUGGCCGCGAAGCAGUGGUCCCAGGCGCACGACGUCAUCAUGGAGCAUCUGGCGCCGGAUUGCGUCAUCAAUGACGACAUCCCGUACUUGAAGUCCCUGCUGGGAGAGUUUGAGGACGUCAAGCAGAUCUACAACUGGUCCAUCAAGGGACAAAUCCUGAAGGACUUUAUCGAGUUGAACGAAAAGUUUGACCUGAUUCGGGACGCGAUCGACGACGAGGUGGCCGAGGCGCGCCUCGAGCAGCUCAAGCCCAAACUGUCCGACCUGUGCUCGGUGAUCAAGAUGUUCCCGUGUCCGACGCCGAAGCAUCGGCUCUGCCAGAGCGAAAUCGCCCAACGGUUGGCGUACCUCAUUCGGUCCUUUUUCGUCUCCGACCCGCGCAUCAACAGCUGCGCCCUGCUGCGAAGUGCGCUGGAAAAGUUGCCCCUGCCGCAAGAGUACGCGCUCGAGGAGUUGCAGCACAUGCUGGGGGCGUUCCUGGCGGAGGAUUUGAGGAAGCAGUGAAUGGGGGUUGGAGAAGUUUUCUUUUAAUCAAGAGUAUUUUUAAAAUUCACCCAGUUAUCAAACACGACACAAUAGAAUGAUGUAAGCACACAAUCCCAAACACCCAGCAAAAAUAUAUCUAAACAGAGAAAAGUUCACUUGUUGAAAAUGUUAAUGCAAACUCACAAACAAUAUUCUACAGCCUACGAUUUAAUUGUUUUCCACCCCCUUUCAAACUUUGUUCUACGAGAUUUGUUUUGCUUGCUUAAGACAACCGAAAGUAAAUAAAAUAUGCUAUUAAAACUAAUUAAAAGUGGUUAAUCUAAGUUAAUCGCCUUAAGUAUGUAAUCCUAUCAAUAUGCUAUUUUUGUAAUGGUUUGAUAAUAUGUAAAAUUUGUAAACAAUAAUAGUGAUUCGACAAACAAAC